AAAAUGUAAAAAAAAAAAAUAAUAAAGGAGAAGAAUUGUUUUUAUGAAACACAAGUGUAUUAGAUAAUUGCAUUUUGUUUUUAUUUUUGUAUUUACCCAUUUAGACAUAGGUUAAUAGAAUUUUCAGCAUUAUUCAAAAAAAAGGAAAAGGACUUGAACUGCCAAGAACUUGAUUUGAUGCAUAAGCUAAAAAUAUAAUUUUAUAAUAGUGCACAUUUUGUCUUUUUAAAAUGUAAUUAAAAUAAAAUUAUAUACAAAUGAUAUGUAUUUUAUUCCUAUUUCUUUUCUCUGCUCUCUUGUGACCGAUGACCUUUGACCCCCUUUAGGCUGGUUGUUAAUUAUAUUUUGUGUGUGUGUGUGUGUGUGUGUGUGUGUGUGUGUGUGUCUGGUCAUGCUGUGGUCUGCCGCUGCUCUGGGAUCAGUGGGGUUGUGUGUGUUGACUCGACUAGUGUUAAGAAGAUUAGGAUUGACUCUUUACUUCUGAACGGACUACAUUCAAACAGAAGCUACGUAGAUGAAUGAAUCGGGCCUUUAAUAAUUAUACUGCAGUAAUGGGAGACAGUGGCGACAGCGAUGACGAUCCAAACUCAGAGAACCUGUUGAUGUCUUCCUGGGAGAGUUUAUCCAUCAUGGACCGACUGGGAUUAAAGAGGAUGUGUUUCUCACAGCAGUGUGGAGAUGACGGAGGAGGAAGUGGAGAGCGCGUUUACCCAGAUUGCAGUGGGCUUUCACUGCGACCAGUACACUCUGACCCAGCGGCUGCAGGCGGAGAGACACGAGCGCAGCGUCGCCGACGACAACCUGCAGAGAGAGCUGAGACAGAGCAGAGAGAUGCUGCAGGUGUUGUAUGAGCGCCUACAAGAGGUGGACAGCAAAAAGAUGGUGAAGCAGAUGGAGGACAACUUGCAGAUGCUUGAAAGCAACAUGAACAAUGUCCUCAAAACAGCGGAGAUGCUCGGAGCUGCACAUCAGGAAGCGCGUGUCAGUCAUGCAGUAGAGCUGAUGUCCAUGCAUGUGGAGCAUCUCAAGAGACGUCACGCUACAGAGAGCGAGGAGAUGCUGGAGGUCAGAAAACUGCUGCACAGGAGGAAGGGCCGACUGCACAGUGACUCCACAGAUGAUAGAGACCUGUUUAGAUAUUCAUCACAACAGCCGACACGUCGAAGGGUCAGCAUCACCUUCCUCCCAACUCAGUCUGAGUUGAAGCAUCUAGAGGCUUCGUUCCUGGAGACCUGCAAAGCUAGUUCGGAUGCAAAGAAGCCCCAGGCGGACAAAAAACAGGAAGUAGUUGCAGCAGAUUGUCCCGUGAGCUGUUUAAUCCAAGACGAUGACGUGGACAGCAGCGUGUUUCAAAAUGCAACGCAAACCACAUCGCUGCGCCGUCGUCGUCGCCGGUAUCCUCCUACAGGAAGUUCAUUUGAGGGGAAGGAGUCCAACCUUGAGCUACGUCUCGCUCCACCACAGCGCCCCCUGCUGUCCUGGAGGUCUACAUGGGGAUGCAUUUUUCUCGUAUUCGUUCUGAUGAUGCUGAUGGUGGCUCUUUUAUAUGUAGUCAUAAAUACCUGAUGGUUUAGUGUGGUUAUUUGGUCUUAUAGGACUGGUUUGGCUAAAAAUAAACCUUCUGUUCUAACUGAA